GUACGCCAUCAGCCCGCGCCGCGCCGCCGGGUGUUACUCUGCCCCGCCGGCGGGGCGGUCAGCCUCCUGUCACCGCCUGUUCCGGCUAUGGUCCCAUCUGGUGUUCUGUAAGUUGGCAACCUAGGCUCCUGACGCGACCCUGGUCCUGAUGGCGGCGGCGGCGGCCGCGGCAGCCCUGGCUGCGGCCGAUCCCCCUCCCGCAAUGCCGCAGGCGGCAGGGGCCGGAGGGCCCACAACCCGCAGAGACUUCUACUGGCUGCGCUCCUUUCUGGCCGGAGGUAUUGCUGGAUGCUGUGCCAAAACAACAGUUGCUCCAUUGGAUCGAGUAAAGGUUUUAUUACAAGCUCACAAUCACCAUUACAAGCAUUUAGGAGUAUUUUCUGCAUUGCGUGCUGUUCCUCAAAAAGAAGGAUUCCUUGGAUUGUAUAAAGGAAAUGGUGCAAUGAUGAUUCGAAUCUUUCCCUAUGGUGCAAUCCAGUUUAUGGCAUUUGAACAUUAUAAAACGUUAAUUACUACGAAGCUGGGAAUUUCGGGUCAUGUGCACAGAUUAAUGGCUGGAUCCAUGGCAGGUAUGACAGCGGUUAUCUGUACUUACCCUCUUGACAUGGUUAGGGUCCGCCUAGCAUUCCAGGUGAAAGGGGAACACACCUAUACAGGAAUUAUUCAUGCAUUCAAAACAAUUUAUGCAAAGGAAGGUGGUUUCUUUGGAUUUUACAGAGGUCUGAUGCCUACUAUUUUAGGAAUGGCUCCAUAUGCAGGUGUUUCAUUUUUUACUUUUGGUACCUUGAAGAGUGUUGGGCUUUCCCAUGCUCCUACCCUUCUUGGCAGACCUUCAUCAGACAAUCCUAAUGUCUUAGUUUUGAAAACUCACGUAAACUUACUUUGUGGUGGUGUUGCUGGAGCAAUAGCGCAGACAAUAUCCUACCCAUUUGAUGUGACUCGUCGGCGAAUGCAAUUAGGAACUGUUCUGCCAGAAUUUGAAAAGUGCCUUACCAUGCGGGAUACUAUGAAGUAUGUCUAUGGACACCAUGGAAUUCGAAAAGGACUCUAUCGUGGUUUAUCUCUUAAUUACAUUCGCUGUAUUCCCUCUCAAGCAGUGGCUUUUACAACUUACGAACUUAUGAAGCAGUUUUUUCACCUCAACUAAAAAAAAAUUAUGGUUGGUUUUUCGUAAUACAUUCUCAGAGGGAGAAAUGAAACAUUACUAUAAUUGUGGGGGGAGCAUUACUUGAAUGGGGAUAUUUACCCUGUCACAGGAGCCACUGGUAUUUUAGUACUUGAUUAUUUUUUCUUUAGUCACAAAUCAGAAGUGCUUACCAUACUUUUUGAUGCCAAACAUUAUACCUUAGAACACUGAAGAAAAUAUUCCUAAGCUGAUGCUGGCUAAACCGCUUUGAAGUUUUAUUUGGAAGUUGAAUUAGCUUUAAAACGGGGUUCAAGAGGUUGCCAUUAGCUUUGUCAUGCUGUUCAAAGUUUUUAAUUGUUAUCAUGGUUUUUAAAAGACUGACAGUGUUUGUUAUUAUUAAAAUAAGCAGGGUUGGUUAUAUUGCAAUAGAAUAAUGAGAAUUGAAUUUUUAAGUUCUAUAAAACAGCCAGCAUUGACAUUUUAUUUUUGUUAUCUCUCUUCUCACAAUUAUGCUCCACUGGAUAAUAGGAAAAACACUUCUUUCCUUCAUUUUUUAAAUAAAAUUAAUGUUGUAUUUAAAAAGUAGCCAUGUAGAGACACAAAAAUAAAUGAAGAAGCUGGGCAUGGUGGGAUGGGCAUGUGGUCCCAGCUACUCUGGAAGCUGAGGUGAGAGGAUCACUUGAGCCCUGGAAUUCCAUGCCAGCCUAUGCAACAUCAUGAAACCCCGCUUAAUAAAUGAAUGAACGACUAAGUCUUGCUCAAAUGUUAUUACUAGGUACUAUGAGUGACUUAUAUGUGUUUUAAAAUGUCAGUGUGUUUCCCAGAGGCAGAAAUAAAAAUACUGAAUAUCUUUGCUCUUAAAAACAAAGUAGCACUAUAGAUUUGUUUUUGUUAGAUGAUUUGCUCUAUACUAGAAUAUUUAAGUAGACUGUGAAAUAUUUAUUAAUAUAGAUGUGAAUAUCAGAAAAUGUUUCUAAGGUAUUAUGAUGCAUCAACUAGUUCUUCCAUGUAAAAUAAUUUUAGUGCAAUAUGAAGACGUAGAAAUGUAAAAUAUGAUUUGAAUUGUUAUCCUUUAUAUUAAGAAAAUGUUUUAAAAUGUAAGAAUUCCAUUUA